AUGGCCGCAUCCGCCGACCCCAUCCAUCGCUACAAGUUUACGAUCCUUCCUGAGUACUUUGUGAACUACUACCAGGUUGCGGAGAAGAGUCCUGGUGGGAAGGCAACGACUCAGCCGAGCCUGGGCCUCCUCGACAAACCCUUCGAAGAUGCGACCAACGACGCAGGCGCCAAGCCAUGGGAGCGGUUCACCGCCCACGUCAACAGACUCAACGCUGAGAGCCCGGAAGGCGUCGAGUACAAGGUCCUGUAUCUGACAAGACAUGGCCUGGGUUUCCAUAACGUGCAGGCAGCUAAAAGGUACUGGUCACAUCUCGACGGCGACGGUGUUGUCACAUGGCUCGACGCUGAGCUUGUCGACACAGGCAUUCGCCAAGCAAAGGAUUUGAGUGCAUUUUGGGCGGACGCCACAACGACCCAGAAAGUGCCUUUCCCGGAGUCUUUCUACACGAGCCCUCUCCGUCGGUGCCUCGAGACGAGCAGGCUCGUGUUCGGCGGCUUGGUUGAGGAGAGGGGCCAGGAGUUCCGGCCUCUCGUCAAGGAGGGACUGAGAGAGCGUAUGACGGAUCACACUUGCGACAAGAGAAGCCCCAAGGAAUGGAUCGAGAGUGCCUAUCCGAGAUAUUUCAUCGAGCCAGGGUUCACCGAGGAAGACCAGCUAUGGAAGGCCGACCGAUUUGAGACGACCGAGGAGCACCUUGCCAGGAAGCGGCAGGUUCUGAAUGAGAUCUUCUCGACAGACGCAAGCCAGUUUGUUUCACUGACAGUUCACUCAUACGCCAUCGCAGCCAUACUGGGUGUUGGUGGGCAGGAGGAGUUCAGAGUCAGAGAAGGGUCUACGAUUGCUUUGUUGGUCCGUGGUGAUAGAAUAGACGUGUCAUCUGGCUAG